AGCAUUCUGGGAACGGCUUCCUUGGAUUCCUCUGUUGCCAACCACACAAAGCUGACCUGUGGUCUUCACCUCCCCCUUUCGUGUCCCUGCCGUUUCCCGGGAAAGCUGCUGCUUCUUCCCGCCUUUCCCGCGGGGAAUUCCGCCCCUUUCCCCGGGAGGUACAGAUGAUGCAAAAUGUGCACCUGGCUCCAGAGACAGAUGAAGAUGAUCUUUAUUCCGGUUACAAUGAUUAUAAUCCAACAUAUGAUACUGAGGAACUGGAAAAUGACACAGCAUUUCAACAAGCUGUAAGAACUAGUCAUGGCAGAAGGCCUCCAAUAACUGCCAAAAUACCCAACACAGCAGCAACUCGACCGAUAGCCACUGGAUAUGGGUCUAAAACAUCAUUGACAUCAUCGUUGGGGAGGCCAAUGACAGGGGCCAUUCAGGAUGGAGUUGCUCGCCCUAUGACAGCAGUGAGGGCAGCUGGUUUCACGAAAGCAGCUUUAAGAGGUUCUGCUUUUGACCCUCUUGGUCAGUCUAGAGGCCCUGCUCCUCCAUUAGAAGCCAAAAAUGAAGACAGUCCAGAAGAAAAGAUUAGACAAUUAGAAAAAAAAGUAAAUGAGUUGGUAGAAGAAAGCUGUAUUGCCAACAGUUGUGGAGACUUAAAAUUGGCCCUAGAAAAAGCAAAAGAUGCAGGAAGAAAGGAGAGAGUGCUGGUGAGACAACGUGAACAAGUGACAACUCCUGAAAACAUCAACUUGGACUUAACUUACUCGGUUCUUUUCAAUUUGGCCAGUCAGUAUUCAGCUAAUGAAAUGUAUGCUGAAGCACUAAACACAUAUCAAGUUAUAGUGAAGAAUAAAAUGUUUAGCAAUGCAGGAAGACUGAAGGUAAACAUGGGAAAUAUUUAUUUAAAACAGAGGAAUUAUUCCAAAGCCAUCAAAUUCUAUCGAAUGGCUCUAGACCAAAUUCCAAGUGUCCAUAAAGAGAUGAGGAUUAAAAUAAUGCAGAACAUUGGUGUUACAUUCAUUAAAACUGGUCAGUAUUCAGAUGCUAUUAAUUCAUUUGAACAUAUAAUGAGCAUGGCCCCAAAUCUGAAGGCAGGCUUUAAUUUGAUAUUGAGCUAUUUUGCUGUUGGAGAUCGGGAAAAAAUGAAGAAAGCUUUCCAAAAAUUGAUUGCUGUUCCAUUGGAAAUUGAUGAAGAUGACAAAUACAUUUCACCAAGUGAUGAUCCUCAUACAAAUUUAGUAAUUGAAGCUAUAAAAAAUGAUCACCUAAGGCAAAUGGAACGUGAAAGGAAAGCCAUGGCAGAAAAAUACAUCAUGACAGCAGCUAAACUCAUUGCUCCUGUAAUAGAAACAUCGUUUGCUAUAGGAUAUGAUUGGUGCGUUGAAGUAGUAAAAGCUUCUCAAUAUGUAGAACUUGCAAAUGAUCUGGAAAUAAAUAAAGCAAUUACCUACUUGAGGCAAAAGGACUUCAACCAAGCGGUAGAAACUUUAAAAAUGUUUGAAAAAAAAGACAGUCGAGUUAAAAGUGCAGCUGCAACUAAUCUUUCUUUCCUUUAUUACUUGGAGAAUGAAUUUACUCAAGCCAAUAGUUAUGCAGAUUUAGCUGUGAACUCGGACAGAUACAAUCCCUCAGCUCUCACUAAUAAGGGAAAUACUGUUUUUGCAAAUGGAGAUUAUGAAAAAGCAGCAGAAUUUUAUAAGGAAGCUCUGAGAAAUGACUCCUCUUGUACUGAAGCACUUUAUAAUAUUGGCUUAACAUAUAAGAAGCUAAACCGCCUAGAUGAAGCUUUGGAUUGUUUCCUGAAACUUCAUGCAAUCCUACGAAACAGUGCCCAAGUUCUUUACCAAAUAGCAAAUGUAUAUGAAAUAAUGGAAGAUCCUAACCAAUCUAUUGAGUGGUUGAUGCAGUUGAUCAGUGUGGUUCCAACUGAUUCUCGCGCUUUAUCUAAACUAGGAGAACUAUAUGAUAAUGAAGGUGAUAAAUCCCAAGCUUUUCAAUAUUAUUAUGAGUCAUAUCGGUAUUUCCCUUCUAACAUUGAGGUUAUUGAGUGGCUUGGAGCCUAUUACAUUGACACCCAGUUUUGUGAAAAAGCCAUUAAGUAUUUUGAAAGAGCUGCUCUUAUUCAGCCUACUCAAGUGAAAUGGCAGCUAAUGGUAGCUAGUUGCUAUAGGAGAAGUGGUAACUACCAAAAAGCUUUAGAUACUUAUAAGGAGAUUCACAGAAAAUUUCCAGAAAAUGUUGAAUGUCUACGCUUCUUAGUUCGCCUCUGCACAGAUAUUGGACUAAAAGAAGUUCAAGAAUAUGCAACAAAACUCAAGAGAUUGGAAAAAAUGAAGGAAAUAAGGGAACAGCGCAUAAAGUCUGGCAGAGACAUCAGUGGCAGUGCUCGUAGCAAAAGAGAGGGAAGUUCGGGCAGUGGAACAUAUGAUCUUAGAACUGGAAGGGACCUUAAAGGUCAUCAGGUUCAACCUCCUCAUUUCACAGACAGUGGCCAGAAUUCUAGUUCCAGUAGCAAAGGUGAGCGUCUGAGUGUCAAAUUACGAUCUUUACCUGGGACAAAUGAACCUUAUGAAAGUAGCAGUAACAAAGAAAUAGAUGCCUCAUAUGUGGAUCCUCUAGGUCCACAAACAGAAAGACCAAAAACUGCAGCCAAAAAAAGAAUUGAAGAAGAUGACUUUGCUGAUGAGGAAUUAGGAGAUGACUUGCUUCCUGAAUAAUAAGUAUUUUAAAAUUAUUUACUAUAGAUAAGUCUUCUUACAAGGAAACAUUUAAUGUUAAUUUUUGAUAAAAUACCUUAUAUUUAAUUUUGUAUACUGUCAAAUUUGAUGAAAUUCAAAACUUAAAUAAAACUACUCCAUAAGACAA